AUGGACGAUGUCUUUGCAUCUCCAAGUUCUCCCCAGCCUAGCCAGGACGCCUAUGGGUUCGACACUCGCCAUCAUGACAGCAGCCAAGAAAGAGGAAACCUUGUUCUGUCUCAUGGACCAAUAACAAGUUCUUGCAGCUCGGGACCAAAGCAAGGACAGUGCUUCAAGCAUAGUGCAGAGAAGAGGUCAAGCACUGAUAAGCGCAUGCCGGCCAACUUACCCUUGCUCGGGGAAUGCGCAAAGCCUGAAGAAGGAUUCACAAGACAGACAGAGAGGGACAGUGAUCGGGACCGUAAUGAGAGGGCAAGUUCUGAUUCUGGGGCGACCGCGACACCCGACCUCCGUUCGCCGCCUGGUGGCUCUGCUGGGCAAGAAAUUCCGAGCUUGAUGGGUGGCCUUCGGCAUCGUCGUGGAACCACGCUAUGCCAACCGUCGCAAACAAAGGAUCCGGAGCCAGAGCCUUGGCCACUCCUGAGGAGAGUCGAACUUUCCGAGACGGACUCACGCCCUCGCACCCCGGAUCCAGUUCCAUGGAGCCGCAGUACGCUGCGAAAGGUAGCCAGUCCUACGGAGAACCCACGCAAGACCGGUUUGGCUCCCUCACCAGCGAAUUGGCGACAAUCUCUUAGAAGACCAGAGUCACGGAAUGAAGCCAUAGAAGCUGUCGCCGCAACCCCUGCAACCCCUGCCUCCGAAUGGCGGCGAAACUUGGCCCCAAGUCAGAAGACCCCGUUCACUCCGAGGGGUCGGGCCAAUGUUUGCUCAUUCUGCGAUCCAAGCACGGCAUCGUCACCUCCAGGAUUUGGCAGGUUGACGACAACAUGCAGUCAUGUAAACACGCUCCAGACUCAUGAGCAGGUUAGGGACGAAUUGCCCAACGAACCCGUAACGCCGACGCGGGUGCGAGUCCGUCAGGUUGAACAAGACCUGGCCAUGAAACGAGCCGAAGAGCUGGAAGACGAGGCAAGAGAAGGGGAGGGAGCUUUUGGUGAUCCAGAGGCGCCGGACAUGGCCAAGAAUGACAGCCACAACUGCGCUUGGAGGGACAGAUACAUGGACCUCAACACGGAGCUGGAAAAGUGGAAGAACGAGGUGAUUUCGUAUGAUCUGGAGCAGGACCAGGCUGAAGGAGGGGAAUUCACGGCCAGGAACAAAGAGGACACCGCAGAUGCUACGGAAAUGAGGUCGGCCGACGAGGUGGGCAUUGAAGGCCUCACUAUUGUGGUUCACAUGCGCUACAGGGACGACCUGGUGAUCAACACGGACUUGAAGGACCGCGAGACGGCGGCUGGUCGGGCAGGACCCAAAACCUGA